GAGACAGUGAUGGACACGCGGACGGCCACAGCAGAGCUGGGUUGGAUAGCGUAUCCUGCCUCUGGGUGGGAGGAGGUGAGUGGUUACGAUGAGAACCUCAACACCAUCAGGACCUACCAGGUGUGUAAUGUGUUCGAGCCCAGCCAGAACAACUGGCUCCUUACCACCUUCAUCGACAGACGAGGGGCUCAGCGUGUCUAUGUGGAGAUGCGUUUCACCGUACGUGACUGCAGCUCCAUCCCCAGUGUCCCCGGCUCCUGUAAGGAGACCUUCAACCUCUACUACUACGAGACGGACUCGGUCAUCGCCACCACCAAGGGAACCGCCUUCUGGAUGGAAGCCCCUUACCUGAAGGUGGACACCAUUGCGGCUGACGAGAGCUUCUCCCAGGUGGACUUCGGUGGACGAUUGAUGAAGGUCAACACGGAGGUGCGGAGCUUCGGCCCGCUGUCUCAUAAUGGUUUCUACCUGGCCUUCCAGGACUACGGGGCCUGCAUGUCUCUGCUGUCCGUACGUGUCUUCCAUAAGAAGUGCCCCAGCGUGGUGCAGAACUUUGCCAACUUCCCCGAGACCAUGACGGGUGCCGAGAGCACCUCCUUGGUCAUUGCCAGAGGCACGUGCAUCGCUAACUCAGAGGAGGUGGAUUUUCCCAUCAAGCUGUACUGCAACGGAGAUGGGGAGUGGAUGGUUCCCAUCGGGAGCUGCACCUGCAAGGCUGGCUUUGAGCCAGACAACGGCAACGUCUGUAGAGCGUGUCCCCAGGGGACGUUCAAGUCCACCCAGGGGCCAGGGCUGUGUCUGCAGUGCCCCCCCAACAGCCGCUCCACUGUGGAGGCUGCCACUAUCUGCGGCUGCCGUAACGGAUACUAUAGAGGAGACAUGGACCUGCCCGAGGCCUCCUGCACCAGUGUCCCCUCUGGUCCCAGAAACGUCAUCUCCAUCGUCAACGAGACCUCGGUGAUCCUGGAGUGGCAUCCUCCAAGGGAGACUGGCGCCCGUGAUGAUGUCACCUACAACAUCGUGUGCAGGAAGUGCCGUGCAGACCGGCCAUCGUGCUCCCAUUGUGAUGACAACGUGGAGUAUGUACCCAGGCAGCAGGGUUUGACCGAGACCAGGGUGUUCAUCAGUAACCUGUGGGCCCACACCCCCUACACCUUCGAGAUACACGCUUUCAAUGGAGUCACCAACAAGAGUCCCUACCCUGCUCAGCACGUGUCCAUCAACAUCACCACUAACCAGGCUGCUCCCUCCAUGGUUCCCAUCAUGCACCAGGUUAGCUCCACCAUGAAGAGCUUCACGUUGUCAUGGCCACAGCCGGAGCAGCCCAAUGGAAUCAUCCUGGACUAUGAACUGAGGUACUACGAGAAGGACCACACUGAGUUGAAUUCGACCAUGGUGCGCAGCCAGACCAACACUGCCCGUGUGGAGGGCCUGAGGCCAGGCAUCAUGUACAUGGUACAGGUCCGUGCCAGGACGGUGGCAGGCUUCGGUAAAUACAGCAGCAAGCAGUUCUUCCAAACCCUGACAGAUGAUGAGUAUAAAUCAGAGCUAAGGGAGCAGCUGCCUCUGAUUGCAGGCUCAGCGGCUGCAGGAGUGGUCUUCCUGGUAUCCUUGGUGGCCAUCUCCAUCGUCUGCAGCAGGAAGAGAGCGUACAUGAAGGAAACUAUAUACAGCGACAAACUUCAGCACUGCACUUCUGGACAUCAGACGCCAGCGAUGAAGAUCUACAUCGAUCCCUUCACCUACGAGGACCCCAACGAAGCCGUCCGAGAAUUUGCCAAAGAGAUAGACGUAUCCUGUGUGAAGAUUGAGGAGGUCAUUGGUGCAGGCGAGUUUGGAGAGGUGUAUAAGGGUCGCCUGAAGCCGUCUGGGAAGAGGGAGCUGUACGUGGCCAUUAAGACCCUGAAGGCGGGCUACGUGGAGAAGCAGAGAAGAGACUUCUUGUCUGAGGCCAGCAUCAUGGGCCAGUUUGACCACCCCAACAUCAUCAGACUGGAGGGCGUGGUCACCAAGAGUCGGCCAGUCAUGAUUAUCACAGAGUUUAUGGAGAAUGGGGCCCUGGACUCCUUCCUGAGGCAAAAUGACGGGCAGUUCACGGUGAUCCAGCUGGUGGGGAUGAUGCGUGGCAUCGGGGCGGGCAUGAAGUACCUGGCAGAGAUGAACUACGUCCACAGAGACCUGGCCGCCCGCAACAUCCUGGUCAACAGCAACCUGGUGUGUAAGGUGUCUGACUUUGGCCUGUCCCGUUACCUACAGGACGACACGUCAGACCCCAUCUAUACCAGCUCCCUGGGAGGGAAGAUCCCGGUGAGGUGGACAGCCCCUGAGGCUAUUGCCUACAGGAAGUUCACCUCAGCCAGUGAUGUGUGGAGCUACGGUAUCGUCAUGUGGGAGGUGAUGUCAUUUGGCGAGCGGCCGUACUGGGACAUGAGCAACCAGGACGUGAUCAAUGCCAUAGAGCAAGACUACCGUCUGCCCCCUCCCAUGGACUGCCCCACAGCACUACACCAGCUGAUGCUGGACUGCUGGCAGAAAGACAGAAACGCCCGGCCCAAAUUCACUGACAUCGUCAACACACUGGACAAGAUGAUCCGCAACCCUAUCAGCCUCAAAGCUGUGGCCACCAUCACUGCAGUGCCUUCUCAGCCCCUGCUAGACCGCUCCAUUCCAGACUUCACCACCUUCACCUCUGUGGAGGACUGGCUAGGUGCCAUCAAGAUGGGGCAGUACAGAGACACUUUCCUGGGCUCUGGCUUCACCUCCCUACCCCUGGUGGCUCAGAUCAGCUCAGAAGACCUGUUGAGGAUAGGAGUGACCCUGGCCGGCCAUCAGAAGAAGAUCCUGAGCAGUGUCCAGUCUAUGAGGGACCAGAUGGCCCAGUCCCCCAGCUCCAUGGCCUGACCACAGGGUGCGCCACCACCACCCAGAGACAACCCACCAGGGAGCCCAUAGGAAAGCUCCUGAUGACCCUAAAGAAUACACCAGGGUGGAGACACUAACCUGAUUUAAAGAACGACCAUGUGGCACAUACAUAACAGCAUGCACGCUCCCAACACACACUCUCAACACCUAGGUAAAGAGAGUUUACUGAAGAUACAAAGGGGUAGAAGAUAAAAUUCUGCCUCAGGACAACUUCAAUGGUUCAGUUAAGGUAGUCUAUAAAGUUGUCUUCUUUUUUGCUGAAGAAGAGAGCAAGCAGAAGAGCAAGGGUGUCUGUUUGCUUGCU